UGUCAGUUUUGAAGUAUAUUUUUUGUGUUGCGGUACUCAACAAUCAAAAAUCUUAAUACAAUAUUUGGGAGGUUGUGACUAAGCGAAAACUAAAUCCAGGGCGAUAUUUUGGUUGUGUGAGACUCUGAAUUGGUAUCGGAAGUCGACGAAUUCGUCCGAUUGGGUCUUGCAAAGACCUUCUGUCAGUGCACCUUACAAACAACAAGCUACGGCCAGACUCGGGCCGAAGCAAGUUUUUGGUGGAUAGAGGGUUAGCGGUGUAGCGGUUUGCAGAUCAGAACCGAAUUACUAAGCAAACACACAAACGCAGGACGGUACGUGAGACAGACAGGAGAGACGGAUUGUGAGGAGGAACGGCGAGGGGACGCGAUUUAGAGGCUAGCAAGUCCAUCCAACAGCACAACGGAGAGCCCCAGGCAAACGGGGCCACAAGCUCGUGUCUCGGGGAAGGACAGUGUUCCCCCCGCCAAACGACGCUGGGUCCCGCCAUCUACUCUGCGACACCAGGAUGCCGUCACGCCAGAGGCCCGUAACGACCAGGUGUUCCGCAAGGUUCGCGGCAUUCUCAACAAGCUCACGCCCGAAAAGUUCAAGAAGCUGAGCGAUGACCUGCUGCGCAUCGACCUGGAGUCGAGCGUCAUCCUGAGGGGCGUCAUCUAUCUCAUCUUCGAGAAGGCGCUCGACGAACCCAAGUACUCGUCUAUGUACGCGCAGCUCUGCAAGCGACUUACAGAGGAAGCACCCAACUUCGAACCGGAAGGUAAACCGUGCACGUUCCGCGUGCUACUUCUCAACAAGUGCAAACUCGAAUUCGAGAAUCGGGCCAAGGCGUUGGAGCAGGCGAGCCAUGGGGCGCUCAGCGGCGAGAACCUCACCGAGGAGGAGGAGGAGGAGCGGCGCUAUCUCGCCAAGCGCAAGAUGCUCGGCAACAUCAAGUUCAUCGGCGAGCUCGGAAAGUUGGAGAUCCUGUCGGAAAACAUCCUGCACAUAUGCAUACAGGAGCUGUUGGUGGUCCGACGUGGCAGGGACGGCGGCGGCGGCGACGACCCGUCGGAAGAUCUCGAGUGCCUGUGCCAGAUCAUGCGCACUUGCGGUCGCAUCCUGGACUCGGACAAGGGCCGCAAGUUGAUGGAGCAGUACUUCGGGCGGAUGCGCGUACUGGCGGAGAACCACGAGCUGCCCGCCCGCAUACGGUUCAUGCUCAAGGACGUGAUCGAUCUGCGACAGGACGGAUGGAUACCGCGCAAGGCGGCUUUAGUCGAGGGACCGGUGCCCAUUAACCAGAUCAGGCCGCCGGAGGACGACCGCCCGCCGCAGUACAGAAGGGACCGAAACAACGAGCGCGACCUAGACCGGUCUAGCGCCAUGUCGGAGCUGUUCCGGCAUCCGAUGAAGACGCGCAGCGGAUUCGACGACCAGUUCUCGAUCAUCAAUCUGGCGCCACCAUCCAAUUUGAUAGCACCACCGCCCUUCUCGUCGUCGACCAACGGAUACGGGGGCGGCGGCGGCAACCCGCGCGACGGCAGCUACCGCGGCCACAACAACCAACGUAGCGGCGGAGGCUACAACAGCUACAACAACCAGCGCGGCCAGUACAACAGGAACAUGCAGAACAACUCACAAUACAACAAUCAAUCAAACAAGGAUUUGGCGCCACGUUUCAAGAAGAGCCUUAUAGUUUCGAAAGAGGAGAUGAGCGAAAUGGAGUUGAGACCGACAACAAUGCUAUUCAACAAGGCGUCGGUCAAAUCAAACAACAUGGUGAAUAGCAACCGGGGACCGAUGUCGACCGGUCCGGCAGCCACCAUCGACCCACCACCACCCUCCAUGCUGACGCACAACAACGUGAAACAAUCGUCGUCAUUGGUCAAGGAACCACUACCCAUCAAGCAGAUUCCUGCCGAUAGGCCAAAGCAAUCCAAAAAAGACAAGGGUCCUAGUAAAGAGGAAAUUCUGAAGAAGUUCAACACGUUGCUGGAGGAGUACUGGCGAGGAGACAUUGACCUUAAACAAGCUAUUAAUGCAUACAAAGAGCACAAGAUUCCCGAAAAAUUCGCCAAGGAUCUUAUCCUGAGCGGCCUGACAACCGCUUUAGAAAAAUCUGACGUGGAACAGGAGAAAUUAAUCAAAUACCUGAGCAACCUGAAGGAGGAGAACGCCGUAAAUGGGCAUUCUGUGCAAGAGGCGUUCAAGUCGUUGUGUUCGGUGUUGGAACAGCGCGGUACCGGGGAAUCAGCGAAGGCCACUUCAUCGGCCUCCGUACUACUGGCUAUGGCCGUCGCCGAGCAUCUCGUGCUGUUGGCUGACGUCGCCGUGCUCACCGAAAACGGUACCCACUACCCACUCUUCUUGUCGGUCCUCCAAUACAUACACAAGAAGCGCGGGCGCAGCGAACUUUCCGAGCUGUUCAACAAGAGCAAGGUGAAUUUGCUGACCCAACUACCGGAGAACGACCGCACUAAAGAACGGUUGAGCGAAAUCCUGGAGGAGCGCGAGCUGACGUUCCUGUAUCCGCUGCUGCGCAUCCAGGCCGACUUGCUGAAGCAAUUGCAGGCCGAUCCGAACCCGUCGACCUUCUAUAAGUGGAUCAAGGAGAACUUGGACGCGAGCAGUUUCACCGACCCCGGUUUCAUCAACGCCUUGAUGACCGUGCUACUCAAGUACAUCACGAACGAGGCGGCCGCCUCGAACGGUGACGAAAAACAGGUGACGGAAAAGGAAAAGAGCAUGCUGGUCCGGUACCAGCCGAUACUGCACGCGUUUCUGAGGGACCGGCCGUCCCUCCAGCUGGUGGCCGUGUACUCGUUGCAGGUGCACUUCUACGCUCUGGGUUUUCCUCGGGGGCAGCUGCUGCGCUGGUUCAUGGCCCUCUACGACUUGGAGAUCGUCGAUGAGGAGGCGUUCCUUAACUGGAAGGAGGACGUGACCGACGCUUAUCCCGGCAAGGGUCAGGCACUCUUUCAGGUAAAUACUUGGUUGACGUGGCUACAAGAGGCAGAAUCGGAAGAGGAGGAAGGCGACGAUUAAAACAAUUGAAAACCACAAAAAAAGAGGAAAACAUUAAAAAAAGGACAGAUUUAUUUAGGAAACUUUUACAUAUGGAUAAGUUAUUAAAUUAUACAGGGACAACACGUCCUGUUUAUACAUUAAUUAUACAUUAUGUUUGUCUUGACUGUAAUUGAUUGAUUUUUCAACUUUUUAGUCAGGAGAACUGCUCUUUCGUUGUUUCUGUCGUCUAAAUGUGACAUUCAACCAAUGCAUUAGUGAAAUUGUUCAUAGAUUCAUGUGUGAAUGAAAUAUGAUUUAUAAAUAAUUUUAUUUUAAACGUGAUGUAGAUCUGUAAGUUUAUAUAAUUGAUGACCCCCCAAACAAUUUUGAAUGAUGUGUACUAUAAAAAGUACCACACCCGCACUUACAAAAGAAUAUUGAAAUAUUAAAAAACCUGACUGUAUCUAGUUAAGGGCUAAACGACGGUUUCAGUGGCGAUGCCAAUGAUGAUCUUCAGGUAGCAAACUUAGUCACAGUACUCCCAAAAACCUUAUUUAUUUCGAUAGCAACUCAUCAGUUAGCAUCCCCAUUUGUCUGUUAGCUCUUGACCAACAUAUUGAGCUUUUAAACUAUAUAUACUUUUAUAAAAAUGUGUUCUCAUUUUAUAAUAUUUUAUGUCCAACUGUAUUUUUCUCAAGUAUUUUGUUACAAAAAAAGAAUAGUUUAAUUUUCCUAUACACUUAGAUUAGUCAAUGUCUCACUAAAAAUAAUGUACUGUGAAAGUUUGUGUUAAUAAAUUAUUCGGUGGUAUUUUGCUAUCGAUGUAAAUUUUA